GAUCAUUGAUCGAUAUUGCCCAAUCACAUAGGUUUUGAUUUCAAAUGAUGAAGACUUUUAAUCGGAAUUUACAUCUUAAAUUAUAGAAAAUAAUCUGUUUGAAUUUACCAUUCUCAAAAUGCUGGACCAAAUUUUAGUCGUUCUUGCGACCCUUUUGUUUGAAGGAAUCGAGGGCCUUAUAUACAGAUCUUAUAGAUAUAGUUAUAAGUCAUACAACAAUUAUAAUUAUUACUAUUCAUAUGGUUAUAGUUACUAUCGCUAUUAUUAUGGGUCAACAGGAUAUAUCGGUGCGAUUGUAGGCGGUGUUUUUGGAGUGGUAUUUUUCAUCACAAUAAUAGUAGUGCUAAUCUGUUGCUGUGCGAAAUCUAAUAGUCGCACUGGAAGAGUUAUGGUUCCUGCGAACCGUGGCACUGUUAGUUAUAUAUCUAGCCAACCCACAGUGUCAUACCAAACAUCAACAACAAGUGGGCCAAUGGGACCACCCCCAUACGCCUACUCUAACCCCGCUUAUCCACCAGGAGCCGUGCCCCAACAGUAUCCCAUGUAUCCACCCCAGGGCGGCUACCCACAUAAUCCAAAUCAAAGAGGAUACCCAAAUCAACCCCUACAACCAGGUUACCCAAAUCAACCCCAACAGCAAGGGAAUCCAAACCAAGCACCACCACCUUACCAACCCCCAACAGACAGCAAGCCAACCAACCCUCCGAUGCCGCAACCAGAGGGACAGGGUUCCAGUGCCCCUCCGAGAUCGAACUCGCCCAAUCCUCUCACACGGGCAAAAUAGACAUUUGAUCAUUCCAGGGUACUUAGAACUGACACUAAUGAUUCGACUUGAACUAAAUUUCAGCUCUAAAAACAGCUAUUUAUGGAUUGAACCCAAUUUCAGCUCUUAUUCAGAAAUCUGCUAUUGAUAGAUGGAACCCAAUUUCAGUCGAAAAAUGUUAUUUUUAGUUUAUUGUGUGUACAUUAUACUUAACAUCCCCAGUAAAAUAGAUCAUAUUGACAUAUGCAAACACAUAGGCUCAAUCUUCGUAAUAUUUAGCACAGACAGCUACUAGUAUUUCAAAUGCUAGCCCUACUAUCUAUCAUUCAAUCCCUAUUCUUCUCUAAUGAAUUGUGAUCUUCCAUUUCCGUCCAAUUUUAUUUUUGUACUUUUGUUUUUGGUUUGUUGAUAAUAAAUAUUAUUUUUCUACGUU